UUUAUUUUGCUACUUUUUCAGACUAGUGAAAUGGACUCUUAAGAAUUCAUAGAAAGAAACUUGUACGGCGCGAAAGAAAAGUGGCGCGCUCAGUUCUAUCAAGCCCCAACAAACCGAUUCCCGCGAUCAUCGCUUGUGCGCUCUAUUCCGUUUUGAAAAUAGCGACUGGCGGGAAUACUGCCACCGUUUAGACAAAAAUAUCCAUUGCUCCUGCAUAGUCACUAGUCACUCUACACCAAUCAACCAGCCGCGGGGCUUUUUUACGCAGUAACGCAACUAUUUAGCUCGAACGAGGCAUUACAGUGAAAUGUGAACGAGAAAAAAAAAUAUCACCCUCAUCAAGUGCGCGUUUAUUUGAAUCUAACGGUUUUUUUCAUGGAAAAACAAGCGCUGAAUGAGGAGGUAUCCAUCACCAAAGUCACCGUGAAAAAGGAAGAGAAUAUUAAGGAAUUUGCCGAAACAGCAAUGAACGAAUUGUUAGGAUGGUACGGUUAUGACACGACAAAGAAAGAAGUUAAAGACAAUUGCAGGUCGUACUCAGGCAGCAACGAUUCGGAAGGAGAAUCAUCAGUGAGAUUUACAGAGGGUUGUGGUUGGUGUGGAAAGCCGGUAGAAGAAAACAAUGGUCUCAUAUCAGCAGCGUCAGUAUUUUGUUCGGAAUUGUGUUUUUCACAGUCCAGACGUGCCAAUUUUAAACGCAACAAAACUUGUGAUUGGUGCCGGCACGUGAGGCAUACUGUGUCUUAUGUAGAUUUUCAGGAUGGUGCUUCUCAACUCCAAUUCUGCUCGGACAAAUGCCUCAACCAGUACAAAAUGCACAUAUUCUGCCGCGAAACCCGGGCACAUCUUGAACUUCACCCACACCUACACGGAGAAGAAUCCACAGGAAGCAACCUCAUCACUCCAGACUUGUGGUUGAAGCCGUGCAAAUCUCCUGUCUGCUCUUCACCACCUAAACCAAGCCCAACAUCUCCGAAACCUGCCGAAACUACCACAAAAGUUCUUCCUUCCAUCUCUAUAGCACCUAGCUCUAAAUUAUUGAACUCAGAAGUAAAUAAAUCACGUAUACGACCUCCUAAGAGAUUAAGGAAACGAUAUCCAUCUACUAUAACCUCCAACGAGGCUUUAAAUACCUUUAAUGAUUCUCCUCAAGAUCUCAGAGUUCGACAUACACCUCCCGUCGAGGAGGUUGAGGAGGUUGAUAGUAAAAUUGAGGAUAAGUCAGUUUUGGAUAAUGCUGAAUCUCGAACAAGUCCAGAUGGUGCUACGAAAAUAUCUCCUAGUUACUUAAAAGCUAUUUUAGGGAACUUAUUACCUCCACCAAGCGUGUUUGUGCCAUACCCUGUUAUUUUACCAUUACCUAUACCUAUACCCAUACCGAUACCAAUACCGAAGAUGUUUAAAAGUACAAACGAUAAAAAUUUGAUUGAACUAAAAGAAAUAUCUACUCAAACUGAUGUUAUGGAUAAGUCUAAUUCAGAAAAAGAAGUUGAAAAUGUCUUAGAAGUUAAACCUAACGAGACAGUUGUGAGGAGGCCUCUUAGAAAAAGAAAGAAAAUUACAGAAACCAAAAAUAAGACUAUUACUAAGCAUAAAAAGACGUUCUCUACGAAUAUAUAAAUGAUAUUAUAGUUUAUUUAUUUUUUAUACCUACUGUACAAAGUUUAUGCUAGAUAUUUUUCGAAAAAAUGACAUCAAUUUCUGUUGUCUUUCUACGUUAAAACAAUUUAUUAUCUUGUUACUUUUUUAUGCCAUAAUAUUAUUACCUAUACUUAUUUUAUAACUGAUAUAAUGACUGUUUUCUAUUUAAAAAUUAUUUUUUAUGUUGAAUCACAA